AUGGAUACUAAGGGUUGUACAACAACUAAAUCUUCAUCCACAUCUUGUAAAAACUGCUCUGGGAUUACAAAUUUUGAGAUCCUCUCUUCCGACUCCAGCUGUCAGCAUGGUGGUCUCCAAUUCAACAGCUGCCAACCAAUUAGCCAUGAUGGAAGAACUCCCCAAUGCCAGGGAUGCCAAUUCACUCCUUGCCUCUGUUUCACCCCUGUCUGCUUAGUAAGAAACUUUACCUGUCUUUCUCUGGAUGAUUUCGGCUGGUGUGGUGAAGGGAUCAACAGCAAUGAGAAAGAGAGCCUACAAAUCUUGAACAGUCGCCUUGCUAACUACUUGGGUAAAGUCCGGAUGCUGGAACAAGAAAAUGUAGAACUAGAACGUAAAAUCCAGGAAGAGAGCAACAAAAUGCUCCCUGCUAUAUGUCCUAAUUACCGGGCCUACUACGAGGUGAUUGAGGAGCUCCAGCAGAAGAUCUUGUGUACCAAGGCUGAGAAUUCCAGGCUGGUCUCACAAAUUGACAAUGCCAAACUGACUGCUGAUGAUUUGAAAGCCAAAUAUGAAGCUGAACUGUCCCUACGCCAGCUAGCAGAGGCAGAUACCAAUAGCUUAAAGCGCAUUCUGGAUAUACUGACCCUGGGCAAGGCUGACUUGGAGGCACGAGUCCAGUCUCUGAAGGAGGAACUCCUUUGUCUCAAAACCAACCAUGAAAAGGAAAUCACUUCCUUGCAGAGUCAGCUGGGGCACAGACUCAACAUUGAAGUAACUGCUGCUCCUUCUGUUGACUUAAACAGAGUUCUCCAAGAAAUGAGGUGUCACUAUGAGUCUAUCAUGGAGACAAAUCGUAAAGAUGUGGAAGAAUGGUUCAACAUGCAGAUGGAGGAGCUGAAGCAGCAGAUAGUCACCAACUCUCAAGAGCAGCAGAGCUACCAAAAGGAGAUCAUGGAACUGAGACGCAUGAAGAAUGCUCUGGAGAUUGAACUGCAGGCCCAGCAACAAAUGAGAGAUUCCCAAGAAGGCAUCCUGACUGAGACAGAGGCCCACUACACAAGCUUGCUGGCCCAGUUCCAAUGCCUCAUUGACAACUUGGAGGCACAGCUGGCAAAGAUACGGUGUACCCUGGAAAGAGAGAACCAAGAAUAUGGGGUUCUGCUGGAUGUCAAGUCACAGCUGGAGUGUGAGAUUGCUACAUACCGCAGCCUUCUUGAGAACUCAGAUAACAAGCUUCCCUGUAAUCCAUGUGCCACCAAAUGUGAGCCUUCCACUUGCAUUCACAACAAGGCCAGAGUGAGGGAAUGCACAGCUCCAGUUUGUACAUCAAUCUCAGCUCCCCGUGUUAUGUGUGAGCCCUGCUGUACCUAUGAGGCCCUGACUCGGUUACUGGUGAAAAUCUGCACCAUCACUGAAGAGAUCAAGGAUGGGAAAGUCAUCUCUUCUCACGAGCAUGUGCAGCCUUGCUAUAUCAUCCGAUCUGUCAAAAUCUAA